AGCAGUUAGAUAAUCAGUUGCUUGAAUUUAAAUUAAUCCAAUAAACUUAUAGAUCUACAGUCUAUUUCGUAAAAAAGCUGUCGGAAAUUUACAUUGUGCAGAUGUUAAUGUUCGUUUUGAAGUAGUCGAUUACCUAAAUAAUUAUUGAUUACCAUUAUGGCGCCAUGAAAUGAAACAUAACUUCCUAACUACAGAGUCAAAGUUAUGAUUAUUGUUCGGAUUAUUAUACCAAGUUAAUUGGCGCUAGCAACAAACAUAAUUUAAAUAAAAUGAUUGUUAAAGAUUUCAAACGUGAAUUUUACGAUGUACUUCAAAACCAGAGAGUGUUAGUACUGGUUGCAUUUGAUGUUGAUGCUCUUUGUGCUUGUAAAAUUUUGCAGUAUUUAUUUCAAUGUGAUCAAGUCUUGUAUACCAUUGUGCCAGUAGAUGGCAUGCAGGGGUUGGAAAAUGCUUUCUUGGAAAAUGCUGAAGGGAUCAAGCAUGUUGUGUUGAUUAACUGCGGAGCAUCUGUUGAUGUUGUUGAGUUGUUACAGCCAGAAGAUCAUGUUCGUUUCUACAUCUGUGACAGUCACCGCCCUGUGGACGUUCACAACUACUACAAUGUGAUUCAGGUAAAGCUGCUGAUGCAAGAAGAUGAGCUGUCAACAAUUCCAAGUUAUGAUGAGCUGUUUCGAGAUGAUGAUUCAGAAGAAUCCGACAAUGAUGAUGAAGAUGAUGAGACAGGGAGAAAGAGAAAAAGAUUUGAUGAAGAAUCUGUCCUUCGUAGACAAGACAGGCGUAGAUGGAAUGAAAAUAGAGUAAAAGUUUUGUUUGAUUACUCAAAGUUUACUUCUUAUGGAACUGCAGCUGCUAUAACAAUGUUUGAACUUGCUUGGAAACUGUCAAAAGACACAAAUAACCUCCUCUGGUUAGCCAUAGUUGGAGUAACUGAUCAGUUUGUUCACUUUAAAACUCCACGUGAUAAAUAUGUGAAUGAUAUUUUGGCUCUUCAAUCCCAUGUAUCACGUCUGAACUUAAGAGGAAAUGAGGAUGAAAACAUUUUGUCAGUAAACUGCUUGCGGAUUUCUUUUGAAGAGGAGCUGAACUUGGCCCUGUACCGCCAUUGGACUCUGUUUGAUAGCAUUUGUCACUCUAUGCCAAUGGCAUGCAAAUUUAAACUCUGGUCUUUAAAGGGACAGAAGAGGUUGCAUGAAUUCCUGGCAGAGAUGGGGUUGCCACUAACACAAUGUAAACAACAGUUUUGUGCCAUGGAUUCUGUUCUGAGGUUAGAAGUGAAAGGAAAAAUACAAGAAUACAUGAAUAAGUAUGGCUUGGAUAUGCAGGAUGUGAUUCUUCCAUCUUUUUGCAUGCAAUAUGGCUAUAAAAACCUUCUUUGUGCGACAGAUUAUGUGUAUGCCUGCACAGCCAUUCUGGAAUCAGUGGAUAAAUCAAGAAUGACAACAGACAACUUUUUAGAAGCAUCAGAUAUUUUACAGAGAUCCAGCACGAGUAAGCUGGAAGCAGGUCUAGAAGCUGCCAAACUACAGCUGAAGAGUGUGGUCACUCAAGUUCAAAGUUUUCUGGACAUGCAUCAAAUCAUCUCAGCUGGGCCAUUUUUAUAUGUGUUUGUGCAGGAGGGUACUGCAGAUUCUCGCUUUUUUGCCCACCCCCAGUGUUUGAUCAGGUUGGCUAGGUUUUCAUUACAAGCACAAUGUGCUGUUAGCCGUAACAAGCGCUCUCAGAGUCUUCCCUUGGUGUUAGGGGCACCACUCAACCCAGAGGAAGGGACAAGUCUGAUUGUAGGCAUACCACCUCUUGAUACAGAUGAUGAAAGGAAAAAUUUUUUUGGUAAAGCCUUUGAGCAGGCAGCAGAGUCUACAAGCUCAUCUGCUAGAUUUAACAGCUUUGAUUCAUACAUUAUUGAAAUAAAAUCAGAGGACAAGAGCAAGUUUUUUGAUGCAUUAAUUAGUAUUCUACAAUGAUUGACCUUUUCAUGUAUUAAUGUCUCCUCUUGUAUUUUCUUGAUAGUAUUUCAUUUUAAUGGUUGUAAAUAUGUUCAUGUGCAUUGUAAUUAAUGACCGCUCUUUAUACAACUUGUUGCCAUAAUUUGUAAAAACUACUGUUGUACAUAUACAUUUUUGUAAAAUAAAAAACAUAUUUAUAGUUAUUUACAUAUUUGAUUCUUGUCUAACAUUUUUCU